AAACCGAGUAAAGACUGGGUAACACAGCGUAGACAAGUCAAGAGCCAAUGGGAGCAGAACAAAGCUUUCUACUCUCAUGGCUUUCUCAUCCCAUGAUAAACACUGCUUCCUUUUCCUCUCUUCCCCUUCAGUCUUCAGACAACAUGUUUCUCAGAUGAUCCCUCACCCCAGUGCUGCCAUUUGUCUCAGUUGAGCAUAUGCAAUACAAGAGGGAAAUUAAUGCUGACCAGAUAUAUGCAAACCAGUUGCUAGCUAACUUGUACUGCUCCAUAUGCCAUUUGGGGUCUCAGCAGAACAUGUUGCUUUGAAGAGAGAAUUUCAAGAGCUGAAAAAUUAGAUGGAAAAUGCCAAGUCUAGGAUAGCUAUGGCAGAAGCUCUACACAUGGAGCAGAUAAUUGGAGGGGUUCAGAAGUCUAAUUCCAUAAAUUCAGCACAAGAGAAGGAAAGUAGGUAUUUGGAAAAGAGAAAUUCAUUGGGAAGGACACCAUUGAUGCCUCUUCAGUCGUUUUACUGUCCAAUCUCUUACGAUAUUAUGGUGGAUCCUGUGGAGACUUCCUCUGGCAGGACAUAUGAAAGAAGUGCAAUAGAGAGGUGGUUUUCUGAAGGGAAAUCUCACUGUCCCUUAACCAUGUUGCCUGUUGAUACUUCAAUCCUGAGGCCUAAUAAGAAUCUGAGAGAGUCUAUUCAAGAAUGGAAAGACAGGAACACAAUCAUUACCAUUGCUACUAUCAAAUCCAAACUUGAAACAAAUGAAGAAGAUGGAGUGCUUCAAUCGUUAGAUGAAUUGCAGGACCUGUGCUUAGAAAGAGAGGUGCAUCGAGAAUGGUUAAAAAUCGAGAAUUACACUGCUGUUCUUAUUGGCCUUCUUGGUUGUAGAAACUGUGAAAUAAGGAAGCGUGUUCUGCUCAUCCUGUCUUUGCUUGCAAAGGAUAACGCAGAGAACAAGGAGGAUAUUGCUAAAGUGGAUACUGCACUUGGAUCAAUUGUUCGCUCACUUGCGCGUCAAAUUGAGGAAAGGAAGCUGGCCCUGGAGUUGCUGUUGGAGUUAUCUAAAAGUGACACGGUGUGCGAUCUCAUAGGAAACAUUCAAGGAAGCAUACUUCUCUUGGUAACAAUGUUAAAUAGUGAGGAUGUUGAAGCAGCAAAAAAUGCACAGGAGGUGCUAGAUAACCUCUCCUUCCUUGAUCAGAAUGUUAUAGAGAUGGCAAAGGCAAAUUAUCUUAAGCCUAUACUGCGCAAACUUUCUACAGGACCAGAAAACAUCAAGAUAGUCAUGGCUGAAACUUUGUCAGAAAUUCCAUUGACUGACCAGAAUAAAUUGUCCUUAGUCAAAGAUGGGGCACUGCAGCCUCUUCUUCAGCUGCUCGUAAAUAACGAUCUUGAAAUCAAGAACGUGGCUGUCAAAGCUCUACUUCAGCUCUCAAGCUUACCAGAGAAUGGCCUGCAUAUGCUUAAGGAAGGUGUUGCUCAACCACUAUUGGAAUUGCUAUACCAUCACAGUUUUCAGUCAACUACUCUGCUAGAACAGGUUGUUGCCACAAUAAUGCAUCUUGCCAUAUCAACCACACACCAAGAAGCUGUUGCGGGACAGGUUUCAUUCUUAGCUUCUGAUGAAGACACAUUCAAAUUCUUCUCUCUAAUUUCUUUGACGGAACCUGAGAUACAGAACAAGAUUCUCAAAGCUUUCCAGGCACUGUGCCAAUCUUUCUCCGGCUUCUCGAUCAGAAACAGGUUGAGACAGAUCUCAGCUGCUAAAGUAUUGGUCCGCUUGGUAGAGCUUAAUACCCAAACUGUGCGGGUCAAUGCCUUGAAGCUUUUCUAUUGCUUGACUGAAGACGGUGACUCCAGCAACUUCUCAUCACAUAUAACCAAAACAUUCAUUGAAAUCUUGGUCAACAUCAUUGAGGCUUCUGAUGAUGCAGAAGAGAUGGUUACUGCUAUUGGUAUCAUGGCUAAACUACCGCAGGAGUCUCACAUAACACAGUGGCUUCUAGAUUGUGGAGCACUUCAAACCAUGUUGACUUGUCUUACUGAUCAACACAAGCAUCUCUCACACAAAAAGCAAGUUAUUGAGAAUUCUGUUGAAGCUCUUUGUCGUUUCACUGUCUCCACAAAUCUGGAGUGGCAGAAGAGUGUGGCUGAAAAGGGAAUAAUCCCAUUGCUGGUGCAAUCUCUGGUUUCUGGGCCUCCUAUUUCAAAACGAAAUGCAGCAAUUUCAAUCAAACAGUUUUCAGAAAGUUCAUUUGGCCUGAGCAAGCCAAUAAAGAAGCCGGGCAUCUUCAAACGCUGCCUUGUUGCCCUCGAAACCGGUUGUCCAGCACACCUAGGCACCUGCACUGUUGAGUCAUCAUUCUGCAUUUUGGAAGCUAAUGCCUUGGAGCCCCUCGUGCGGAUGCUUGCAGAGGAAGAUGUUGGAACAUGUGAAGCUUCCUUAGAUGCAUUAUUGACUUUGCUUGAUGGUGAAGCACCAAACAGUGGAAGUAAAGUACUUUCAGAUGCAAAUGCUAUCACACCAAUGAUAAAACUAUUGGGUAUUCCUGCUACAAGGUUGCAGGAAAAAGUUCUGGUGGGUUUAGAAAGAAUUUUCCAACAAGAUGAAGUGAAAAAUAAUUACAAAUCUUUGGCCACAAUGCCCUUGGUAGACAUAACUCAGAGUAAAGAUAGCCGAUUGAGAAGUCUUGCUGCCAAGGGUCUUGCUCAAUUGGGUGUACUUGAUAAACAGUCUUCUUAUUUUUAGGAUUGGUUCCACAAUUAUUUGGUUGCUUGUAUAUUUUAAGGCUCCCUCAUAAUUUAGUUAUUGAUCGAGCUCAAUGGCGUAGUGUGAUCCAUAUAGUCGACUUCACUUAGUGGGAUAAAACUUCUACUGUUGUUGUUGUUGUUGUAUAUUUUAAGGCACCAGGUGCAUUGAUAUAUGUGAAAACAUAAAUUUUACACAAACAA